AUGGCCUGUCUGAUGGCAGCUUUCUCCGUGGGCGCCGCUUUGAAUGCCAGCAAUUCUUCACCUGCUAUGCCUGAGCCAAAGUCUGUAUGUGUUUCGGUAGAUGAGGUAGUCUCCAACGGCACAGAUGCACAAGAUGUCCAUCUACUAAAUUGCCACUUAAAGAAGCUGGACAAUGCUUUGACAGAAGCCCAUCGCUUCUCCUACCUGCCCAGGAGACCAGCUGUGAACAUCGAGUUUAAAGAACUCUCGUACUCUGUCCAGGAAGGACCAUGGUGGAGGAGGAAAGGUUUCAAGACCCUUUUGAAAGGAAUUUCAGGGAAGUUCAGCAGCGGAGAACUUGUGGCAAUUAUGGGUCCUUCUGGAGCUGGGAAGUCAACACUCAUGAACAUCCUGGCAGGAUACAGAGAAACUGGGAUGAAGGGAGAGAUCCUCAUCAACGGACAGCCUCGUGAUCUGCGUUCAUUCCGCAAAGUGUCCUGUUACAUCAUGCAAGAUGACAUGCUACUCCCACAUCUUACCGUUCAAGAAGCCAUGAUGGUAUCUGCUCACCUGAAACUUCAAGAAAAAGAUGAAGGCAGGAGGGAGAUGGUAAGGGAGAUCUUGACAGCUCUGGGUUUGCUGCCGUGUGCCAAUACUAGAACUGGAAGUCUUUCAGGGGGCCAGAGGAAGCGUCUUGCCAUUGCUUUGGAGCUGGUGAACAACCCACCAGUUAUGUUUUUUGAUGAACCUACUAGUGGCCUGGACAGCGCAUCCUGCUUUCAAGUGGUAUCUUUACUGAAGGCUUUAGCCCAGGGCGGCCGCUCUGUCAUCUGCACUAUACAUCAGCCCAGUGCCAAACUUUUUGAGCUCUUUGAUCAGCUCUAUGUUUUGAGCCAAGGGCAGUGCAUUUACCGUGGGAAAGUGUUAAACCUCGUCCCAUACUUGAGAGAUUUGGGAUUAAGUUGUCCGACCUAUCACAAUCCAGCAGAUUUUGUGAUGGAGGUUGCCUCUGGUGAGUAUGGAGACCAGAACAACCGGCUAGUAAGAGCAGUUCAAGAUAGAAUGUGUGAUGCAGAUUACAAGAGAGACUCUGGAGGAGAAAGUGAACUUAAUCCUUUCCUGUGGCACAGACCAUCUGAGGAGGUAAUUCAGAUGAAAAUGAUUAGUGAAACGGGAAGGAAAUUGGAUUCGUCAUCCACAGAAGGUUGUCACAGUUUCUCAGCCAGCUGCCUUACUCAGUUUUGCAUCUUAUUUAAAAGAACCUUUCUCACCAUAAUGAGGGAUUCGGUUCUGACACAUCUACGGAUCAUGUCACACAUUGGGAUUGGACUCCUCAUAGGACUGCUGUAUUUGGGUAUUGGAAAUGAAGCAAAGAAAGUUCUGAGCAAUUCCGGCUUCCUCUUUUUUUCAAUGUUGUUUCUUAUGUUUGCUGCUCUCAUGCCAACAGUGCUUACAUUUCCUCUGGAGAUGGGUGUAUUUCUUAGAGAACAUCUGAAUUAUUGGUAUAGUCUGAAGGCCUACUACUUAGCAAAAACAAUGGCUGAUGUCCCUUUUCAGGUUAUGUUUCCUGUAGCUUAUUGUAGCAUUGUAUACUGGAUGACAGCCCAACCAUCCGAUGCUCUGCGAUUUGUCCUUUUUGCAGCACUGGGAACAAUGACAUCACUAGUGGCUCAGUCUUUGGGUCUUUUGAUUGGUGCAGCUUCCACCUCGCUCCAGGUGGCAACAUUUGUAGGUCCUGUUACAGCGAUCCCAGUUCUCCUCUUCUCAGGAUUCUUUGUCAGCUUUGACACCAUUCCAGCAUACCUCCAGUGGAUGUCUUACAUCUCGUAUGUCAGAUAUGGGUUUGAGGGUGUUAUUCUUUCCAUCUAUGGGUUGGAUCGUGAAGAUCUCCACUGCGAUGAAGAAAUUUGCCACUUUCAAAAAUCAAAGGAUAUCCUUCGAGAGCUGGAUGUAGAAAAUGCAAAACUUUACCUGGAUUUCAUUGUGCUUGGCAUUUUCUUCAUAGCCCUACGCCUUGUUGCCUACUUUGUCCUCAGAUAUAAAAUCCGAGCAGAGAGGUAG